UCGGUAGACUCCCACAACAAAAACAUCAUGCCUACCUCGGAGGAUUCCGAAAUCGACCUCUCCACCCUCAGCAAAGAAGAGCUGCAACAAGAAGUUCAACGAAGGGUGGACGCCCAACUUGCGAAGGAGAGAGCAGAAAUCGCCCCACUGCCAGCAGAACAGCAGUCACCUACCAUCGGCGAGCAGUCGCUACGUCCCACACCAGCCGACAUACCGCCCACCGGCAACCAGCCUUCACCCUCCAGCCAGGGAUCCCAAUCAUUCAACAAUCCCACCAACGUCGCCAACAUCGUGGCGCAAGCGGUCAAGGCGACAGCCGAGGCCAUGUCUGGACAUCAGGGCUUUGCCCACACAGGCACGUUUCGUGUCAACCCCGGCUCUGACAUAGACCCUUGGCUUGGAAGUGUGAAGAAAGAGCAGGAUUUGUAUAUUAUGUUUGAUGUUUUUCGCAGUAAGAUGGUGUCGUAUUUUCAGGAAGAGGGUGUAUAUGAUGUAUUAGGGAUCACUGAUGUCAAGGUUGGCAAGAGGGGUGUGGAUCUAGCAGAGCUAAGGGGCAUCUUCGGGACUGAUGUGGUGGACAAGUCGUUGAAGUUGUGGAAUAUUAUCAUCAGCAAGAUUCUAUACCCUCCGAUCCAGAACUUGAUCAUGGCAUGUGAGAGUCCCCAGCAGGGGUGGAAGAUCGUCACGAAUUUCUACCAAGAGAAGAAGGAGUCUGAGAAGACUAGGCUUGAGCAAGAGUGGUUGGCGCUAGAAAUGCGUGAGUCGGAGAACCCACAGGAUUACAUAGCAAGGUCGGAAGCUCUUCGAUUACGUCUUGCCUCAGUAGGAACUAUCAAAGACACAACACAUGCUUACAAGGACGUUGUGCGCGGCCUUCCCCCAUCGUAUGCCGUGCAAAAAGGAAUAUUGCUAGCAAGCGAUGUCGUGACUUUGCAUGCCCUUGAGACUGUGGUGAGGGACGCCCACAUGGAGAUGGAGCGCGAGAGGAGCAAGGAGCAGAGGCGAGAGGCGGAGCUCGCCCUCGUCGCGUCCGGUGCGAGCCGGAGCGGCGGGGGCAAUGGGGGGGCAUCCGGGGGACAAGGAGUAGUCGACGGUCAAGACCGUGAAAUCCGUGAUGGCGAGAGAAACCGUGACGUGUUCGUCGAAGAUCCCACCGGUUUUUGCCGCUACCACCAGUCCGAACUACACACGAACGGGCAAUGCCGUUACCAGCAGCAUCUGCGGCGGACUCGCACGAGAGCAGCCGCCGAGGAUCGCCACGGAGGUGGCGGCGGAGGCCGUGGCGGCGGCUGGAGCCAGCGAGGAGGAAGACCGCCGUCGGGAGCCGGCCGGGGUGGCGGGCGUUGGGCGUACGUUGUGUACUACGCCCACGAUGAUGGUGGCUACUAUGAAGACUAUGGCGACUACGACGACGGCUACUACUACGACGGCGGCUACCACGACGCCGGGUACGCCCACUACGCCGGCGGUGGAGACAGCUACAGCUACCCCUCAGGGCAGUAUGUCAUUGUAGGAGAUGGUCGUCUGCUGAAGGUGAAAGCAAUCGGUAGCAUCAACCUCAGCUUUUUCCAGGAAGGCUCUGCUACCGUAGUACCUUCGAGUGAGAGCGUCCCGCCCACUGGUCCAACCAGUGUAGUACCUGCGAGUGAGAGCGUCCCGCCCGCCGGCUAUGCCGACGUAGUACCUUCUUCGGCUUCCGGUUUUGAGUGUGUGGGUACUUUCCCGGGUAUGGAUCUUGGAGAUACGAGUGUGCUCACCGACGAGCAGCUCAUGGAUGGCUAUGAUGACACCCCACAUCAAGAUUUUUUCCCCGUAUUUAUCCCAGAGAGUGACGCUGCGAAUGUGGCUGGUGUUUUGGAUAGCAUUGACGGAGGUUCUGAUUUUGACUUGGGUGCGGCCGCGCUUGGCCCUGGUGCGUCCCCGUUCACUCUUGGAUCGACCGAAAAGUCCGUUGACAUCAACCGCUUCCACCGCUCCCUUGCCCACGCUUGCGAGCCUCUUUUGAGAGAAACUGCCCAGCAGAGAGGCAUCGUGCUCACCGGCAAGCUGGAACCGUGCACGGACUGCAUGAAGGCGAAGGGCAGGCGAGCGUCGGUGCCGCGGGGGCCGGGAGCGAGGGCGUCCAAGCCUCUCGGGCGUGUUCACCUGGACCUGUGUGGACCGCUGGUGCCUUCCCUGGGCGGAAACCUCUACCUGUUCGUCGCCGUGGACAGCGCCUCGCGGUGGAACAAGGUCUACGGUCUCCGGCGGAAGUCCGACGCGCUGGCGGCAACGAAAAGGCUGCUGGCGGACGUGGGGCGGUACGACCUCGGACGAAUCGACUGUUUCCGCGUCGACAACGGCACAGAGUGGACCCGCGGCGAUUUCCGGCGCUUCUGCGACGACAACGGCAUCGGCGUCGAGUUCACCCCGCCCGGCGUCCCGCAGUACAACGGCGUCGUCGAGAGCGCCAUCUGGCGGAUCAUGAAGGCCGGCAUGGCCGCCCGCCGCAGCGCUGGCCGUGUGUUCCACGUCGACUUCGCCUCCAUCCCCGGCCUCGACGAGCGUGGUGACCGUCCUUGGAUGGAAUCGGCGAAGUGGGCCGCCGACGCUCUCAACCAGUCGGCGACCAAGGCCAACCCCGGGCGGCGCUCGCCGCACGAGAUGUUCACCGGCGAGCAGGGGCCGUUCCGCGUGCUGCCGUUCUUCCAGCCCGGCUUCAUGCGCGAGGACCGCCGCACCAAGCUCGACGACCAGGCCACGCUCUGUUACUACCUGAACGGCGGCGACAACCACCCGAGCGGCACCGUCACGGUCCUCAAGGCGUCCACCGGCCGCGUCGUCUACACCAACAACGUGUCGUGGGUGACGUCGGCGCCAGCCGGCGAGGGGGUUCCGCGGCCGCCCUCUGCCACUUCGCCGUCACCGUCGGCGACCCCCGCUCCUGGCAAUCCGUCCUCUGCCUCUCCGCCGUCACCGUCGGCGACCCCCGAUCCAUACCAGCCGCCGCCGCCGCCGGACCCCGCGAUGCCCCCGCUUACGGCUCACGCCAUGCGGCAGCUUCGCCCGGGUACAAAGGCCGAGGGUAUGACAGACCCGCGGCUGCCAAGCCGUACGAGAUCGGGCACGAGGCACAGCACAGGACUCAUCUCGAUGCUAGACAGGAACACUCUGGUGUCGAUGCUGGAGGCUCGGAGCGCGGUGGAUAAGGAGCGCAGGGAGCUGGGGGGGGCGGAGGCCGGAGAGCCGGGGGGAACGGGGGCCGGAGAGCAGGCGGGAGCACUCGCAGCAGUGGACCCGGGGGCUGCAGGAGCGGGCUUUCCACUCGCAUUUGCCACGCUCCUCGCCAACCGGGAAGACAUCGACGCCACGCUGCGAGACCAGCGCCCGCCGGAGCAACGCCCUGACCUUCCGCAUUGCCAGGCCAGCGACCUUCGUGUCCCCAAGAGCUACAAAGAGGCCAUGGCGUCGGAGCACCGGCACCUUUGGAGCGACUCUAUGCAAAGGGAGUUUUAUGGCUUGUUGGAAGCGGGGACUUUUACUCCGGCGAAGAUGUUGGCUGCUUUGGCGUGCGAGUUGAACCUCGACUUGUGUCAUUUCGAUGUUGAGCAAGCUUUUGUGCGUUCGGAGUUGGAGGAAGACGUGUACAUGCGUUUGCCGCAGGGAUGUGGAGCUCUAUCAGGAAUGAUUGUAAAACUAGGCAAGAGUCUGUAUGGCUUAAGACAGGCAUCUAGGCAGUGGCAUGCAAUGCUGAAGAGGUGUUUGGUGGCGUUAGGAUUUGAGCAGUGCAUGGCCGAUGCUUGUGUGUUUCGUUUGAUUGAGGAUGGAUGUGUUGUUUUGAUUUUGGUUGUACAUGUAGAUGACAUCUUUGCUGUUGGAGAGAGGGAGAGAUGUGAUAAGUUUGGCGCUGACCUUAACAAGUCCGUGCCAGUGAAGAACCUGGGAGAGUUGAGAUGGUAUUCUGGGUGCUUUUACGAGAGGAAUAAGGAGACCGGUAGGUUGACGAUUUCUCAGCAGACUUUCACGGACGAGCUAGCAGCAGAAUAUGGAGUAGUGGGAGGUAGGAGCGUUCCGAUGUCUUCGGGUGUGAAGCUUUCUGAUUUUGAUGCGGAUGAGGUGGCGACAGAGUUUCCGUUUCGUGAGCUGGUAGGAUCGUUGAUGUGGCUGGCGACUCAGACUAGACCAGACAUUGCGAAUGCAGUAAGGGCAGUAGCUAGGUAUUGCGCAUCUCCGAAGCUGGUACACUGGAAUGCAGCGAUGGAUAUUUUGGGCUAUGCGAGGAGGACGAGUCACUUUGGUAUUUCGUUUCAGAGAGGUACGGUAGAGGGAUUCAGCUUGCAGGGAUACGCUGAUGCGGACUUUGCAAGCAAGGCAGCAGACCGUAGGUCGGUAUCAGGGGGGAUCGUGACGUGUGGAGGAGGCGCUGUGUCUUGGUUUUCCAGAACGCAAAAAUGCGUCACGCUUUCGACGACAGAAGCAGAGUACGUCGCGCUAGGCGACGUAGUGAAGGAGAUUUUGUUUUUGAGGCAGAUUUGGCGUUUCAUGUUGCCGCAGGUCGGCAUGCCGUGCAUCCCCGUCUUCGAGGACAACCAGGGGGCGAUUCAACUAGCGCAGAACCCCAUCUCAAACUCGAACUCGAAGCACAUUGAUGUAAGGCACCAUUUUCUCAGGGAACUGGUAGAGAGGAAGGAGAUUUCGGUGAUUCACGUGCCGUCUCCGUACCAGCGUGCAGACUUUCUUACGAAAAGUUUGCCCAAGGAUGCGUUCGAGUCUCACCAACACCGACAACACCGCACCAUGACGACCACUGUCAUCUCCUCUCCUCGGCGAGGCUGCCACCCUCCGGGCCUCGUCACGGUGGCGAAGAACCUUCUUCGGCCGCUGGUCGUGGUCAUCACCUCAGCCGCCACUGAUACCCGUGCCCAAGACAGGGGGGAGCCAACGGCGGAGGACACCAUCACCUACAUCUACAGCCGCGACGAUCUUGCGAUGGACAGGACAAUCAUUCGCGGCUCCGUUGCCUUCAUGGGCGACAUCAUCUGCGCUGAGACCAAGGACAACAAGGACGGCAUCUUCCACGUGGAUGGGAUUCUGGAGUUCCAUGCCGAAGACCUCGACUACGAAUCCCCUGACGACGCCACUCCGGAGGACCCGCACCGGAUUGUCCGCGAUGACCCCGGCGGCACCGUAGAGGUUUUCAAUGGUGCGACCAUGUACUCCACUGACUCCGCGAUGUUUGUAGUCAAAGAGUCCAUUUCCGACAAGAACGACAACCGCAACAGCAACAGCGAGGCGGCCGGUGGCUCUCAGGGACACUCUGCAGGUCUCGCUCAGGAGCAGCUGGAGCGGGAGUUGGAAGCAAGCGGCUUGGACUUCGCCACGUACCUGAACUCUUGGGAAGACGUCCUGAACGAGCGGACCCCUUUCGAAGGGGUCGUGUCCGAUACGGCAGACAUCGUGUGCCCCCAGCCCAAGGCGGCCUUUAUUGUGUUCGUGUGCUUUACUGCAAGGGAUUGA